AUGAAAACUCCGAUCCGCAAACAACUACAACAACGAAGUCCUCCUAGUAAUUCAUCAAAUCCACUUAAACGAACUGAAAAUCUUCUUCACCACGAAUCCAAAGAUAUGAUGACUUCACCUGUUAAUGAAGAAGUUAAAGUAAUUUCUUCAUCAAUCGAAUCAUCAUCAACCGAAUCUUUUGAGAUUCUUGAUUCUGAUCUUCUUGUUUCUCCUACAACAGAUGAAAUUGUUUCUGAAUCACCGUCUCCGAUGAUGAAUUCACCUGUUGAAGAAAUCAAAGUAACUUCUCCGGAUACCGGAUCUUCAAUCGAAUCUUCUGAGAUUUUAGAUUCUGAUCUUCUUGUUUCUCCAACAACAGAUGAAAAUCUUGUUUUCAAUACAGAAUCAUCUGGCUCAACUUCAUCUACCAGUUACUCUGUGAAUUCAACUCCAGCUAAAUCUGACGAAUCUCAAACCUCAACCGCAACUGAAAUUUCCAAAAUGAAUCUUCAGAAUCAGAAGUGGAGAUGA